AUGCCCCCCAAACGAAGAGGCGCUGCAGCAGCUCCCAAAGAGAAAAAAGCCCGCCAGUCCAAGCUUGCGAAGGAGAACAACAUCACCGCCGAAGAAGAGAAUGAGAUAAAAGAAGCAUUUGGCCUUUUUGCAGAUAAGAAUGAGGAAUUCAAGGAUGAGAAAGAGGGUGUGAUGCGGACGAGAGAUGUGCGACGAGCGCUUGUAGCCUUAGGUCUCCCACCCGACUCUGCCUCAGAAUUAUCCUCGAUCGUCGCCGCCGUCGAUCCUACUUCUACAGGUUUCGUGACCUACGACGCUUUCAUCUCCGUAGCAGCUGCAAAACUGCACAUGCGCGGCGACGAUGCGCUCGAUGCAGAGGUCGACGCAGCAUACCGUUUGUUUACGCAGGGGUCCGAGGGGCCUAUUACAUUACAUCACCUGCGACGAAUAGCGCGAGACUUAAAGGAGGAUAAUGUUGGUGAUGAUUUGUUGAAGGAUAUGAUUCGGGAGGCGAAUGGGGGGGAUGGAUUGCAGAACGGAGUGACGUUGGAGCAGUUUCGGGAUGUGAUGGCUAGAGCGGGUGUUUUCUGA